CCUUUCUUUCUUCCUCCCAACACCUCAAGCUCACAAUAUUUAACCUACAUUCGAUAUCUAGACUUGAAAGCUUUCUUCCCCUACACUAAACCAUACGGUAACCGUAGGUGCACUCGACUCUUCACUCUUCACUCUUGCGCCACCACUACAUCAACACUACGACCGCAACACCAGACAUCAAUUCGAAACUCCUCCCAAGAUGACGGUCAACCUCGUCAUCGCCAUGAUCUGGUACAUCUGGAUCCACAUGGUCCCCACCGUAGCCGGCGAUGUCAGUAAGUCUAUCACCUCAACACCCUAAUCUUCCAUCCAGCCCGCCACCUCCACAUCUCCCGACUAACCCAACUUACCCCCUCAGGCUGCAAAGGCUCCGCAAUGUGCGGCGGCUGCAAGCACCCCUUCGUAGACCUCUACGACCUCACCCGGAACGUCAACGACGGCGCCAUCUACAGAGACGGCCAGCAAGUCGCCUGCGCAUCAUGCCACCUCACCCAGCAAGAAGGUACAUGUGUCUUUGUCGAGGGCAUUGGUGACCGCACUGUCACGGGCGCGGAUGUCAAGGCUGCUAUGGAAGAGAUUCGUAAGGUUCCGUGCAAGUAUUGCGCAAAUGCGGAUUUGGUGCACGGUGGGAAGGUGGUGGUUAAUUAUGUUGUGCAUGGGUGCAUCAAGCAUGGGUCGGUUAUUUGUUAGGGUGGUGAU